AUAUGUUGCAGCCCACCACAACACACAUAUGUUGCAGCCCAUCACAACACACAUAUGUUGCAGCCCAUCACAACACACAUAUGUUGCAGCCCAUCAAAACACACAUAUGUUGCAGCCCAUCACAACACACAUAUGUUGCAGCCCACCACAACACACAUACGUUGCAGCCCACCACAACACACAUACGUUGCAGCCCACCACAACACACAUAUGAUGCAGCCCAUCACAACACACAUAUGUUGCAGCCCACCACAACACACAUAUGAUGCAGCCCAUCACAACACACAUAUGUUGCAGCCCACCACAACACACAUAUGA